AUGGAGACAAAUACAACAGGAUCGAAAAAUCUUGAACGUCCAAAAAUAAUUUCAAUACCAUCAUCAGUAAUAAGAGAUGGAAAUCUACCAUCUAUUAAUGGACAUCAAUCACCCUUAUUUAAACGUUUAAGUCAAGUUGAUUUACUUCCACCAAAUUCACAUGAUAUUGUUAAAACAUGGCUUUUUAUUCAACCGGAAUCAAAUAAACGUGUACAAUUUGCAACAGAUGAUAAUAAUCGAAAUGAAAAACCACGUACAAAUUCUGAUCUAAUCGAAUCAUUACCAGAUAUUGAACAACAUAUACCCUCGAAAUCUUUUGAUUCAGAAAACAAAGAUGAACUUAAAUUAUCUACAGUACACAAUCAUCAUUUCGUAUCAACAACUGAAGCUAAAUUCUAUCGUUCAGCAAGUAUUAACAAAACAUUGUCUAUUGCAAGUACAACAUCUUCAGUAUCAAGUCGUCUUCGUCAACCAAGAUUCGUACCACCAUCAUCACCAGCUUAUCAAUAUCAAGCUUCAUCAGAUCGAUCUUCAAUCGCUUUUACAAAUACAUCAUCAGUUAAAGAACAAACAUUGUAUUUAUCUGCAUUAGAAUAUGAUUCUUCAUUAUCUGAAUCUGAUCGAAAAAAAUUCGAUGAAAUUCUUCGUUUAAUACCUGAUGAAUAUGAACAAUUACUUCCAACAUUACUUAAAUUAGGUAUUGUCAUAUGGCCGAAAAAACUCUUUGAUAAUAAUGAAGAAUUAACAUUCAAUGAAAAAAAACAACGUGAUCGUUUAAUAACAAUUAUUGAUAAAGAUCAAGAAGAUUCACAGCGACAACGUUAUCUUCAACGUUUAUAUGGAAAUGUAUCAUCUGUUGAUGAUGUUUUACAUAAACAACAUUUAAUACGAGCAAAUCUUUCAUUCGAAGGACAAUUAUCAUUACUUGAAGCUUAUCGAGAUGCAAUUGAAAUUGAAUUAGUAAAAAAAAUUCCCAAUUGGAAAUCAAUACCAAUGCGAAUAUUACGACCUAGUCUUAUAGAUGAAACAGGUUCAAUAGGUCGUACAUCAAUUUUAGGUACUACAUUACAGGCGAAACAAAAAUUUCUUCAAAGAACUUCAUUACGUAAACCGAAAAUGAAUUCUAAUGUUUAUCAAUUAACAUAUGAAGAGACGUUUUCACUUGGAUUACCAGAUAAAAUCGAUGAUCAAUGGCAAAGAAAAUCUCUUGUAAAAAUUAUUGAACAAGGAAUGAAUAUUUUAGAUGAAAUAAGAAAAUUACCAUUAAAUCAAGAUGAAGAUAGUGACUUUAAUGGACAUCAAAUUGUACGAACAUUUAAACGAUGGUUAUUUUUAUGGUCAACUCUUUUUAUUGAGAAUAAAUGUUUAUUUUAA